CGGACACUGUCCAUGAUCGAGUACUUUCUUCUUGUCGAGUACGUCAAGUGCAUCAUCCCAGCCAUGUACGGCGUCUUUCAGUUCGUGGUAUCCGGGUUGCCCAACGCCGCCUAUUACCCCUCGCUGGCGAAUGCUACGCCACUCGAUCUUCAUCAACCGCAAACCAACGUGCUGGUGUUCGUUUCUCUUGAAAUCUUUUCUCUGAUGGCCUUCGCGCUGCAACUGUAUCGUCGGUUGCACUUCUCGGUGCUGCACCAGCUCGCGUUCGUAUUGGAGACGGCCGCUGACGACAUUCAGGCCAAGCUGGCGAUGUUCAUCCCCUAUUGCUUUUUCUUCUUCCUCAAGCACAAUGGUGUGGAUUACAGCUUCCAGUUCGCCUGGCUG